AUGAAACAACUAGCACUUAUUGCCAUUGCUUUUAGUUCUGUUGCUAACGCUAUUUUGUUUCCUUCUACAGAUUUGUUGUCUACAAUUAGUGUACUUGCUUCAUCAAAGGAAGAUAUCACAGAAAAGCUACACCAGGACGUUACAAACGUGCUAUCUGUGCCUAAAAGGCUUUUCAGAGGUACCAAUUUCACCGAUAUAUUGUCUGGACUAGGGUCGCUCAACAAUAGUGCAAAGAAGAAGUUGCUUCUGUUAGCCCUGUUGGUAGAAACCCAGAAUGUGAAACCAGUGCUACGUACCAAAAACUCUCCCGGCUUGACAGCAACACCUUACACAAAUAAACUGGGUUUUAAAAAACUGAAAAAGGCGCCAAUAUUUCAAAUGGUCACCAACAAUGUUGUGAUCCCAACCAGUUUCGUAAAGAAAAUGGAAGGUCUUAAUGGAGUCAAACCCAAAAAGAAAAAGUCCAAGAAAAAGACUAAGAAAGAGGUGCAAAGAAAAGGCAAAGAAGUACUGUCAAAAGAUCUGGGGUUGGUCACUUUGGAUCAGGUCACUGGCAGUUCACGUCCACAUGCUAUGAAGGCUGAUGUCUAUGCUGACCAGAAGGAAUUUUUUGAAGCCAUGAAACUCUUCUCCUCGAUUUUGGACAAGCUUUUGAGAGAAGAGGAAACUGAUUCCGAAUCAGACUAUGAUAACCAUUAUGACCAAGACUCCGACAAGGACUCUGACGAUGAGUACGUUCAUGGCGACUACGAAAAUGACUACGAAAAUGACACCGAAAAUGAGGACGACAUUGACGACGAGAACUCCGAUGACGACUGCAAUGAAGACUACUGGUACGAUGCUUAUGGUUUACCUGUCAAAGCAUCAGGUAAUAGGAAGCCGGUCAAUGCUACACAAUCUUCUAAGGGAUACAACUCGUCUAAUUCUCUGGGGUGGAAAUACUCAACUCUUAUAUUCAAUUCUUCAACGGUAUUUCCAAACAAGAUGUCAUCAGGAUCGUAUGAUUUCAUCCAUUCCAGUGCACUUUUAUUUGCUGCGGUGAUUGCACUUCUCUAA